CUAGGAUACCUGUGCAAUCAAGGUUAAAAAACACACGCAGACGGUUUCUUUGCAGCCAGAGUAGGUUGCUGGGAACAGGCGCGCGGCGCAGGCUUCCCCGGCGCCCAGCCCUGAAGAUGACACGGACCCGAGCAUCACCUGCGCGGCCGCUCUAGCUCGGUUCCGGGUUCGCGCACCUCGGUGGUGGCGUCGGAGGAACUGGAGGCCGGUCUGUUGACCCGUUUCCGGGCCCUGGUGGUGCGGUCUGAGUCCGGUGCUCGGGAGACUGUGGGUGGAGGGCCUAGGCCUGCGCGUCGGAGCCAGCAGCCAGCCUCCUCCCGACGCCCGCAGACCUGCUUGAUUUUGCCUCACUGCAAAAGGGAUGGGAUCAGAGAACAGUGCUUUAAAGAGCUAUACACUGAAAGAAUCACCAUUCACCUUGCCCUCUGGGCUUUCUGUUUAUCCCGCCAUACUGCAAGAUGGGAAAUGUGCCUCCGUGUUUGUAUAUAAGAGAGAAAAUGAAGACAAGGUUAACAAAGCCGCCAAGCACUUAAAGACCCUUCGUCACCCUUGCUUGCUAAGAUUUUUAUCUUGUACUGUGGAAGCAGAUGGCAUUCAUCUCGUCACUGAGAGAGUGCAGCCUCUGGAAGUGGCAUUGGAAACCCUGUCUCCUGCAGAAGUCUGUGCUGGAAUCUAUGACGUAUUGCUGGCUCUUAUCUUCCUUCAUGACAGAGGACAUCUGACACACAACAAUGUCUGCUUGUCUUCUAUUUUUGUGAGUGAAGACGGGCACUGGAAGCUCGGAGGCAUGGAAACUGUGUGCAGAGUUCCUGAGGCCACAGCAGAGUUUCUCAGGAGUAUCCAGUCAGUAAGAGACCCAGCGUCUAUUCCUCCUGAGGAGAUGUCUCCAGAAUUUGCAGCCCUUCCCGAGUCCCAUGGCCAUGCCCGAGAUGCCUAUUCCUUCGGAACUCUGGUGGACAGUUUGCUCCCCGUCUUGAAUGAGCAGGUUUCAGCGGAUGUUCUCUCCAGCUUCCUACAGACCUUGCACUCAGCUCUACUGAAUCCCACGCCAAUGUGUCGACCAGCGCUCAGCACCUUACUGUCCCAUGACUUCUUCAGGAAUGAUUUUCUAGAAGUUGUGAAUUUCUUGAGAAGUUUGACAUUAAAGAGUGAAGAUGAAAAAACUGAAUUUUUCAAAUUUCUGCUGGACAGAGUGAGCUGCUUGUCAGAAGAAUUAAUAGCUUCGAGAUUGGUGCCUCUUCUGCUUAACCAGUUGGUGUUUGCUGAGCCAGUGGCUGUUAAGAGUUUUCUUCCCUAUCUCCUUGGCCCUAAGAAAGAGAAUGCACCAGGAGAGACUCCAUGCUUGCUCUCACCAGCACUCUUCCAGUCACGGGUGGUCCCUGUGCUUCUCCAGUUGUUCGAGGUCCAUGAGGAGCAUGUGCGGAUGGUAUUACUGUCCCACAUCGAAGCCUACGUGGAGCACUUCACGCAGGAACAGCUGAAGAAAGUCAUCUUACCACAGGUACUACUGGGCCUUCGUGACACCAGCCAUUCCAUUGUGGCAGCUACUCUUCGUAGCCUGGCGGUGCUGGUAUCUCUACUUGGACCAGAAGUGGUUGUGGGUGGAGAAAGAACCAAGAUCUUUAAGCGUUCUGCUCCAAGUUUUACCAAGACUAGUGACCUUUCCCCUGAAGGUUCUCCCAUGCAUGUUGUCUGCAGCCAGCAGAGUAGGCUCUCACACGUCUCAGAGAACCCCUCUUCUAACUCAUUCCCUAAAUGGCUGUUUUCUGGCAACACGACCAUCAACAGCAAGAAGCACAUACAGGAAGAGUGUUGCAAUACUCUUCUACAGCCAGGUGAUCAGUUUUCUCACUCUAUUAAAUUCCCUAUGAAUGGAAUCUCAGAGGACAACGGGAAGCUCCCAGCAGGUUCGAGUGAGCCUGAGGAGUGGCCUGACUGGGGCGGGCCUGAGGAGUCCGAGCACCACACUGCCGGUGCUCAGAUGCGGCCCCACCAGCCUGGUGCGGAGUCCCAGCACAGGAAUCCGACCGCAGAGGAGCGCUGGGACGACUGUGAGUCUAGCCCUGGUCCUGCAGUAGCUACAGUGGCUGCCGCCUCUGCUGCCAUGCCUGUUACCUCAGGAGAGCAGAAGCCCACUGCAGCACAGCUUCCUCUCACUCAGCACUCUACGCCUUUGAAAUGCAGCCCUUCCUCAAAGACCAGUCACAUACAGCGUGGGGACGUUAAACCACCAGAAGUGUCCCAAGAAAGACCCCUUAAAGUUCGGGCAGAACUUGGUUUAGGAGAAGAGUUUACCAUACAAGUAAAAAAGAAGCCAGUACAAGAUCCUGAGUUGGACUGGUUUGCAGAUAUGAUCCCAGAUAUUAAGCCUUCAGGUACUUUCCUUAUUUUGCCUGAACUGAGGACAGAAGUGAUGGUCCCUGACAAGGACGAUGUCUCCACAGUGAUGCAGUUUUCCUCAAAAUUUGCUGCAACAGAAAUGACUGAGGGAGAGGCAGAAGGCUGGGAAGAAGAAGAGCUAACCUGGGAAGAUAACAACUGGUGACAAUGAGGGAGAGCUUAAACUUCAGGAAGAAUUCUAAAAGAAGUAAUACCUCAAAGCAAGCUGCAUGGAUGUUAAACCCCAAAGCAGCCUGUGUUCCCCAAACCAGAAGCUCUUUUUGCAGUCUGUGCCAACCAACUCAAGCAUGAGACCAACUUCAAGUUGCUGACUAAGCCGUGAGUGGCAGAAGGCUCUCAGUUCCAAAUUCUAGGAAGAGUCUGUGUGCACUUGACCGAGGCCAGUUCCAUGAAAAGUAAGUAGCUAAAGAAGUGCUUUUUCCAGGAAAUUUCUGGAAAUAAAAUAAAAAAUUCAAGCCGGUAAGCUUAA